AUGGCUGAAGCACCGGGCACACCGCCUCCCAAGAUCGCACCCGCAGCCGGUGUCGCGUCCGCAGACCCGGCAUCGACGACGACUCCAUCGCGAGUCGUCCCAGCCGUUGCGAUUGAUCCAGCCCAGCAGGAUGACCCAGUUGAAGCUGAUGAGGGUUCGAGUUACACUGCGUCCCUAUCAUCCAGCGUCAUCGACUAUCCGGAAGAAUACGGCCGUCGCUAUCAUGCGUUCAGACCGGGCUCGUACUCGUUUCCAAACGACGAGGUUGAGAUGGAGCGCCUCGAUAUGGCCCACGCAAUGAUGGUGAGGGCGAUUGGAAGCAAGCUCUGGCUGGCACCGCUGGCCAAGGAAAAGAUCCAUCGUAUCCUGGAUAUUGGCACGGGUACUGGAAUCUGGGCUGUUGAGAUUGGCGAUAUUUUUGAGAAUGCCGAGGUUAUCGGGAAUGAUUUGAGCGCUAUCCAACCUGAAUGGUGCGUCAAGUCUAAGCGUGAUUCACUCUUUGAUGAUUCCAAAGCUCACUCUUUAUCUUUGGACUAUAGGGUACCCCCGAACGUCAAGUUUGAGAUUGACGAUGUCGAGAGCGAAUGGGUUGGCGUCAAGAAGUACGACUUCAUCAUGUGCCGAUACAUGGCCGCCUCCAUCCAGGACUGGCCGAAGCUAAUUGCCAACAUUUACGACAACUUGAACCCAGGAGGUUGGGCCGAGUUCCAAGACAUGAGCACAGAAUACUACUCCGACGACGGCAGCUACAAACCCGAACACGCGACCUACGAAUGGAAUCAGACUUUUGUCGAGACGCUCGACAAGAUUGGGCGCGAUCCCCGACCGGGACCUAAGCUCGAGGGCUGGGUGCGUGGGCACGGCGGGUUCGAGCACGUGGCACACCACAAGUUCAAGACGCCCAUCGGGCCGUGGGCGCGGCACCGGCACUUCAAAGACCAGGGGCUGCUGAACCUGGCGCAGAUUCUCGAGGGGUUGGAAGGGUUUUCGUUGAAGUUGCUCUGUGGUGUUUUGGGGAGAAGUAAGGAGGAGGUGUUGGUGCAGCUUGCGGAGGUGAGGCGGGAGUUGAAGACGGGGGUGUUUCAUGCUUUGUUGGAUUUGUGA